CGGAUUUUGGUGGUUUAAUUGGCCGAAUUUUGUAAACCGGAAAAGUUUUUGGUUUGUAUUUCCGGUUUAUGAUUUAGCAGUGGAAUGGUUGAUUGGUCUCUUUUCUCAGAAACACUCUCUUAUCUUCUUCAACCUCUCGACUAGUAAAAGCCGCGAAAAUCAAAAUCCUCCAAAACUAUGGCUCUGAUUUUGCCCUGUACAUUUUGUACUUCGCUUCAGAAGAAGAAUUUUCCGAUUAAUCGGAGAUAUAUUACGAAUUUCCGUCGAGGAGCUACGACUGCGACGUGUGAGUUCCGGAUUCCUGUAGAAGUUUCCACUCCAUCAGAUAGAGGAUCGUUGGUUGUUCCUUCGCACAAAGUCACUGUUCACGAUCGACAACGAGGAGUGGUUCACGAAUUCGAGGUUCCAGAGGAUCAGUAUAUAUUGCAUUCAGCUGAAUCUCAGAACAUUAGUCUUCCGUUUGCUUGCAGGCAUGGUUGUUGUACUAGUUGUGCUGUACGUGUAAAAUCUGGAGAGCUGAGGCAGCCUCAAGCAUUGGGAAUAUCAGCAGAACUGAAGUCCCAGGGGUAUGCACUUCUUUGUGUGGGUUUCCCCACAUCUGACCUUGAAGUAGAAACACAAGACGAGGACGAGGUCUACUGGCUACAAUUUGGAAGAUACUUUGCUCGUGGACCAAUUGAAAGAGACGAUUACGCUCUUGAACUCGCCAUGGGAGAUGAAUAGAAACCAAAAGAAGCAUGUAAACUGUAAAGUGGCAGACUUUCUGUAUUAGAGGUGACUAGUGAGUUCAACUUUCUUAGUCCUGAAUAUCGUGGUGCAUCCUCGUAAAUCUCUUACUGAACUCAACGAUAUUCCGAUUAAACUUCUCAACAAUUCAACAUUUCAUGAAAAACUUUACAAUCAUUUAACAAUAAACUCCAAAUCCGAAAACAGUUUUGUCUGCAUACCUGUAGCCUCUAGUUAAUUCUAACCUUUGGUCCUAAGUAAUGGUGUCAAUAAUUCAUUUUUGGACAUGGAACACAUAUUAGUGGUCCAUGUGAGAAGGAAAGGUAAUGCUUUUGUGACCGUAAG